AUGAUGUUGGGCGUUCUCAAGAGGAGAGUCGCUUCUGGUGGCGCAUCUUCUUCGAUAUUGAAGCAGUCUUUGCAGAACGUUCGAGCUGCAGCAUCUACGCCUAGAGCCGCUUCUGUCGCUGAGACAGAGGUUUUACUUGCUCCAAGAGGCAUUGGACAUGUCCGGAAUUAUAGUCGCCUUGUUUUGCCAGGUUCUACAGUUAGUUUGACGCCCAAAAGGGAUGUUUUUUCAACCAUAGACCUGACGGGCACUAAGCAAAUUUGGAGCAAGGGCUUUUCGUCUGAUAGUGCGGAUUUGGUUGAGGCUGUUGUACCUUUCAUGGGUGAAUCUAUUACUGAUGGCACUCUGGCUACAUUCUUGAAGAAACCUGGUGAUAGGGUGGAAGUUGAUGAACCCAUUGCACAAAUCGAGACAGAUAAGGUGACAAUUGAUGUUGCUAGUCCGGAAGCAGGUGUGAUAAAAGAGUUUGUUGUGAAAGAAGGAGAUACUGUGGAGCCAGGAACCAAGGUUGCUAUCAUUUCAAAGUCUGGUGAAGCGGCUCAUGUUGCUCCAUCUGAAAAAAUACCCGAGAAAGCUGCUCCAAAGCCAUCUGAAAAGAAAGAAGAGGUAAAGCAGACACCUAAACCUGAGGUUGCUGCAGAGAAGCCCAAGAAAUCAACUGCGGCUGCAUCAACUCCUAAACAAACUGCUUCAGAACCUCAACUUCCCCCCAAGGACAGAGAAAGACGUGUUCCAAUGACAAGGCUUCGCAAAAGAGUUGCGACCCGAUUGAAGGACUCGCAAAAUACUUUUGCGUUGCUGACAACAUUCAAUGAAGUUGAUAUGACUAAUUUGAUGAAGCUUCGCUCCGAGUACAAGGAUGCUUUUUAUGAAAAGCAUGGUGUGAAGUUGGGGCUUAUGUCUGGGUUCAUCAAGGCUGCAGUCUCCGCACUCCAGCAUCAGCCUGUUGUAAAUGCAGUCAUCGAUGGGGAUGAUAUCAUAUAUAGGGAUUACGUAGACAUUAGUAUAGCUGUUGGGACUCCAAAGGGUCUUGUUGUGCCAGUAAUUCGCAAUGCGGACAGGAUGAAUUUUGCUGAUAUUGAGAAGGAGAUUAAUACUCUUGCUAAGAAAGCAAAUGAUGGAACCAUUUCAAUUGAUGAGAUGGCAGGAGGUUCAUUUACCAUAUCUAAUGGUGGUGUUUAUGGAAGCCUUUUGAGUACUCCCAUCAUCAACCCUCCUCAGUCUGCAAUAUUGGGGAUGCACUCGAUUGUGAGCCGCCCAGUGGUUGUUGGAGGCAAUGUUCUCCCAAGGCCGAUGAUGUACGUUGCUCUCACCUAUGACCAUAGGCUGAUUGACGGGAGAGAGGCUGUGUUCUUCUUGCGCCGCAUCAAGGAUGUGGUGGAGGAUCCUCGCAGGCUGCUUCUUGACGUCUAA